CUUGUUACCUCUUUGCUGGCCAGAAGGGAAAGAGACCCUCCCAGGCUUUCUCGUCUUUAACAUGUGUCUUCACAGAGUCAUGUACAGUUUCCUUAGAGGUUUAACAGAUUGUCAAUUCUCAAAGCUAAUUACUGACUGUUUUCGUGUCCGACACAUUGGAAACUGCUAGCAGCUUCUCUUAGAUCAUCAUUUCCAUGAUGCAAAACCACCACAACAGCACAGAGCACAGAGCUCCUUUGUCCAUAUGUAGUGCUCAUGUGCCCAAGGUUUCAGAACCCCUUCCUGGGAGAUUUCUGGGGUCUCUCCAAGGUGUUUUCAAAUGAAAACAUUCAGCUCAGAGUCUAAGAAAAUCACUAGAGGGCAGGGCCACCCUGCCCUGUCUGUCCUGGUUACUUUUGUCUAGGGGCAAUCUUUGGAUAUACAGAAUUUGGGGGGCCAAAUUCUAAUGUUGGUCAUGAAAAUGGGUUCUUCUCCAAAGGAAUGAAGGAACAGUGCCCCAGUGCUUCCCAGGCAGAUGAGAGGUGACCACCAUAGGCCAAGGCCAGCCAGAGCUAGCAGAUUUUGUUCUGAGAGAUGCCCAUGCAUAGAGGAAAUAUUUUAGGGAGAGUACCUAUUUUGACAAUGGGCACCUGAUAAGAGGGAUGGUUCUUUUCCAUAGCAAGGAAAGCAUGGAGCUCCAGCACAUCAGGAGCUGAUGAGAGGCAGCCCUUGACAUUCCAACAUCAGCCAGACCUGUCAGGUAGCCCUGGGAGGCCAAGCCAACCAGACCUGUUCCAUGUUCCCUCGGUUCCAUGGGGCCCCACGGUGUCCCAAAGGUCCCUUGGUUCCAUGAGGCCCUGAGGUGUCAUAAUGUCCCCUUGGUGACAUGAGGCCCUGAAAGGCCCUAAUGGUCUCCAUGGUUCCAUCAGGGCCCACAGAGUCAUAAUGGUCUCUGGGCUCCAUGAAGCCCUGCUGUGUCACCAUGGCCCCUUGGUUCCAUGGGCUCCAGUGGUGCCACAAGGAUCCCCUUGGUUCCAUGAGGUCCCCACAGUGUCCCAGGGAUCUCCAUGGGAAGGAAAGAACCAAGCCCCAGUGUUGCAGGGGCAGUCACCAGAGGCCAAGGCCAGCCAGACUUGAUGGUACUGGCAGAUUUUGCCUGGGAGUAGCACUUGGAUAUACAGAAUUUUAGAGGUGGAAUCCCAGUUUCAGACAUGGGCACCCAGAGGAUAAGGACUGUUCUUUUCAAUAGGAAGGAAAGCACAGAACACCGGUGUUUGAGGGGCAGAUGAAAGGUGGUCAUCAGAGGCCUAGGCCAGCCAGACCUCUCUGUCCUGGUAGCUUUUGUCUGACAGCAACCCUUGGAUAUAUGGAAUUUGGGAGGAGGAAUCCCAGUUUUGGCCAUUUUUGCACAAAUAAGAAGGAUGGUUCUUUUCCAUUGGAAGAAAAGCACCAAGCCCAAGGGUUUCAAAAGCAGGGGCUAUCUUUGGACAUACGGAAUUUUGGACAUGGAAUCACCAUUUUGGACAUGGGCUUCUGGACCGGAAGAAAAGUUCUUUUCAUUAGGAAGGAAAGCACAAAGCCCCAGUGUUUCAGAGGCAGUUCAGAGAAGAGCUGAUAGAAGCAUUCCCCAGCAGAUCUUGAUGCUGAAUGUCUCCUUGGGAGGUCUGGAAUUUUACAUCCCCAAACCACUGCCAGAUGGAGGAGAAGGCUGCGAGGAAGAGGAAGAUGUUCCGGGACCACCAGACAAGGAGCUGAGGAUGGAGACCAGCGACGACAAAUCUCCACAGCAGAACCUUGUGGAAGAGGCAGAUUUGAGUGGCUCCAUGGCACAGGAAUCCAAUGGGGAAGAAAAUUCCCUGAGAUACUGCAGGAGAAGGGGCUCCAAAUCCAGCCCAGGUGAGGAGGAAAGACCUACCCUGUGCCAGGAAGGUGGACAGAGCUUCAGCCAGGGAUCGGAGCUGGUGGCCCAUGAGCAGCUUCAUGAUGGGGAGAAGCCCUACAAGUGCUUGGAGUGUGGGAAGAGCUUCAGGUGGAGCAGCCACCUGAUCAGACACCAGAUGAUCCACACCAGGGAAUGGGCCUACGAGUGUGGGGAAUGUGGGAAGGGCUUCAGCUACAGAUCCACCCUUGUGACCCACCAACGCAUCCACACCAGGGAGAGGCUCUAUGAAUGUCCUGAGUGUCAGAAGAGGUUUCAGACCUGCUACAAUCUCCUCAGGCACCAAAGGAUUCACACCGAUGAGAGGCCCUUCCUCUGAGCCGACUGCGGGAAGGGCUUCAAGCAGAAUUCCCACCUCGUCACCCACCGGCGCAUCCACACUGGGGAGAGGCCCUACGAGUGCCGCACCUGUCAGAAGAGUUUUCAGACCAGCUCACAUCUCUGCCUGCAUGAGCAGAUUCACACAGAGGAGAGGCCCUUCCGCUGCCAUGACUGUGGGAAGGGCUUCAAGCAAAACUCCACCCUCAUCACCCACUGACGCAUCCACACUGGGGAGAGGCCCUACGAGUGUCCCAAGUGUGGGAAGAGCUUCACCCACAGUUCUAAUUUAACCAGACACCAACAGAGGCACCAGUAAGGGAAGCCCUGCAAAUGCCCCAACUGCAGGAAGAGCUUCAUGCACUGCUGCAGCGUCAUCCCCCUUUGGAUGACCCAUGCUGGUCAGAGUCCUGGUGAUCCAUGUUCCCAGUGAUCCAUACUGGGAAGACACCUGUCCCUUCUCCUGCCCCUGCCAAUGGCAUGAUGUGGGAUUGAUGAACAUGAGGGUUUGGCCAUGGCUGUGUCGUUACAUUCACUCCCACCUCAGGUCAUUGCCAUGGGCAAGAAAGGGAAUCUCUCUAUCUUCCUAUGAGGAGAAGAGUGUCCUUUCUUGGCAGGACGAAAUUGUGUCUGGGAAGAGACAGUCAGCUGAGUUGUAGUUUUCCAUUUU